AGAGAGAAGAGAGGGAAAAGAAGGAGCAAGAGGAGAGAGAAAGGAAUGAAAGAGAGAAAAAAGAAAGAAUAGCGAAAGAGCUGAAAGAGAAGGAAGAUAAAGAAAAGCUAGAGAAGGAACGAAAAGAGAAGGAGGAGAAAGAGAAGAUAGAAAAGGAACUGAAAGAGAAGGAAGAGAGAGAGAAAGUGGCUGAGAUGGACAAAAAGUUUGCAGACAAACCUGAGGAGAUAUUAAGACAACCAGAGGGAAAGGUUCCCAUGCAGCCUGUGGAGAAAGAAGCUGAAAAACCUGUGGAGGCAGAGAAGGAGCAAGAGGAAGGUGAGGAAGAUGUGUUAGAGAAAGCAGGGGCAGGAGCAGAGGCAGCAGUGGUAAAGGAGAUCCCAGAGACUCGUGCUGCCAUCGAAUCAGUGGUGACAGUUGAAGACGAUUUUAUCACUGUGGUCCAGACAAUCGAUGAAGCAGAGGAGCCAGGACACAGCGUUCGUUUCUCUGCUCCACCUGAGGCUGAAGCCCUUGGUGUCGCUGGCCAGAAGGAGGAAGAGGAGGAAGAGGAGGAGUCUUUGGAGUUGGCCCAAGAAGCAGACAUGGAGGCUGCCAGUCUAGAGGAGGUGGGUGAUGUUCCUGAGACCCCUGCCUCCCCUGAUAAGGAGGCUCAAACCAUAGAAACUGAAGAACCAACAGAAAGUUACGAUAGAGAUGAAACCACAAUGGACGACUCCAUCCUGGACAGCUCCUGGGUUGACACACAAGAUGAUGAUAAGAGUAUGGUAACAGAGCAGAUUGAGCCUUUGCCCAAGGUCCCCACUCCAGUCAAAACAUCUGCUGUGGUCCAGAACAAGCAGACACAACAGAAGAAGACAGAGAAACAGGAAAAGCCGGUCAAACCAAAGGCCAAGGCAGGGCGGGCUAAAGGCCGAAUCUCCACACCAGAACGCAAACCUGUCCGCAAAGAGCCUGUCUACAUCCCCAGAGAGGAAGUCAAAAAGAAAAAAGCUGUGAUAAAGAAGACUGAGCUUACCAAAAAAAUGGAGACUCAGACUCAAUCCCCAUCCAAGAGGAGUGUGAUGAAACCAGCCAUCCGCCACACCCGCCCCACUCAGCACCACUCCUGUCCUAGAAGGAGACCCACAGAGGCGCUACCAGACAGUCGUCAGCCUCUCAGUGUUGCCAGACAGUCUCGCGACAGAGCAUCGUGCCAUGCCCAUCGUUUGCCACUAACAAAGAUCCCCACCUCCAUAUCCAGACUGGCUGCCUCAUUAGAUAGACCUCGCCCAUCCUCAGCAGAGCCUCAAGGCUCAUCCGUAUUACAGAGACUCAUAGCCAAGGACGGUGGGUCAUGGAGCCCUGACACGAGGUCCUCUCUGCCACGGCAUGCCUCCAUUCUGAGUCGCCGUGGAUACCAUGACCAAGAGGAGAGCUCCACCUCCAUCACCAGCUCCGGCUCCACAGCUCCUCGCAGACCCACAUCGUUUCGCACAGAGAUGAGGGCGGAGCACAGGACAGGACGAGCCCCUAGUAUGGCAGUUACAGAAACAGUGCGCUCCCGUUCAGCUCGCAGUGGCCACUCCACUCCCCGCACCCCUGGCUCCACAGCCAUCACCCCAGGAACCCCUCCCAGCUACUCAUCAUCCUCAAGGACGCCUGGAACCCCACGCUCCCUGAGCUUGAUUUCCCAGGAGAGGAAGGUGGCCGUGGUCCGCACCCCACCCAAGUCGCCUGCAACCACGCCCAAGCAGCUCCGCAUCAUCAACCAGCCACUGCCUGACUUCAAGAACAUCAAGUCCAAGAUUGGCUCCACAGAGAAUAUCAAGUACCAGCCUAAAGGAGGACAGAUUCAUAUUUUAAACAAGAAGCUGGACUUCAGUCACGGACUGCCAAAAUGCAGCUCCAAGGAUAAUCUGAAGCACUCUCCCCAUGGAGGAAAUGUUCUCAUCCCCAGUGUUAAGCUGGACUAUAGCCAUGUUCAGUCUAGGUGUGGGUCCUUGGACAGGCGGGGCUACUCGGCAGGAGGUGGAAACGUGCAGAUACAGAACAAGAAGAUUGACUUGAGCCAUGUGACCUCUAAGUGUGGCUCUCUAGACAACAUCCAUCAUCGGCCAGGGGGCGGUAACGUGCGUAUAGAGAGUAUGAAGUUGGACUUUAAAGACAAAGCCCAAGCCAAGGUGGGUUCCCUGGAUAAUGCUCACCACAUUCCUGGUGGAGGCCAUAUUAUGAUUGAGAGCCACAGGCUGAUGUUUCGCGACCAGGCCAAGGCACGAGUGGACCACGGAGCUGAGAUCGUUGUCCAGUCACCGGGCCUGUCCGGCUCUGUGUCUCCCCACCGCCAACGGGAGAGCCACCAAUCAUCCUCUGGCAGUCUCAACAUGAUGGAGUCGCCGCAGUUAGCAACCCUGGCUGAGGAUGUCACUGCAGCUCUGGCCAAGCAGGGUUUGUGAACACUGGAUCUCUGGAUUCCUGCUCUGCACCCUGGACAUCCUGAUCCCUUAAAACUUUUCUGCCCACUCCUGCCACCCUGAGGCCAACCUGAGUUAAACCACAGCCUCUAAACAUCUCCACUUCAAAAUCCAUCACUCAACUCUAAGUAGAGACUCGAAUUAGGAGCUACUGUACUUUGGUCCUCUUUAUUUCCUGUCUAUUUUAAACUCAAAUAUGUGCUAUUUCUGAUUCAUUUUGUUGCCCUCUCUCUUUUUGAAUGAUGUUGCAUAGAAUAGUUCAGUCUGAGCACUGGUUAAGUAAUAUAUACAAAGUGGGGACCAGGUAUUGGCUUGACUGGUCCUGGAUCAGUGUUUUGAAGACGCUACAGCCUUUUUUCUACAUUAAAUAAGAAGUAAAGUGGCCAGCACACCAUGCAGCACGUGUUGUUCUUGCUCAGUAAACGUGCAUGGACGCCAAACCCCCUAACAAACCAAGCAUCCUGCAAGUCAUUCUUGUCAUCCAAUAUAUAAUAUAUUUAACAAAAAUAUAUAGAAACAUGUAUAAAAAUACAAGUUCUUUGCCAUCUACAUGUCCUAAAAACAUUUUGAAAGGAAGUGACAAUAUGGCUAUAAAAUAUACCUGUAAAAUUGCAUUACUGCAAGAAACAGGUCAUGUUAUGACAAGCAUGUAUUGAUUCUAAUAUUAAAAGAGGCUAUUUUGUAAUCUCAAGAAAGGAUUUUAGUAAGUUAUUUCCUCAAUUAUUGGAUAAAGAAUAAACAAGUUCAUGUUUUGUAGUUAUUAGUUGUUUACAGUGUAAUGCUUGGUGACAGUGUCAGACAGCUGAUUUAGUGUUGCUAAGGAAUGCAUCUCAGUCCUGUUGAAGAGCAUCAUACACUUGUACCUGCUCAGUAGUUCAAUAUAAACACCUGUUUAUAUACCAGGACAAUAUUAAACACCGGAGCUCAUUCCACAAACCUCCAUCCAAAAAGGAAACAGCUAAAAGUAUCCUGUCUUCACAGCUGCAGAUAUCCAGCUGACAUGAAUGAACAGUACGGACAUUCCUCCGCUAACACAGGCUGAUGUUGCGCUCAUCAGGACUGUCGGUUGUCUGAACCGCAGAGGAAGACGCUACCUGAGAUUUAGCAGAAGAUGAAGCUACUCUGAAAUCUGUCUGUGUGUGCGUUUUGGUGCAGAUCCCAUGCCGUUUUAUGACGUAUGCUACCGUAUCUGGAUGUUUUGUUGCAAUAUGUGGGAGACGAAAGUUGGAAAAAAAUAUUUUGAAAACUCCAUUAAAAAGACAAUUCAUGAAGAAAAAUAAAACAAGCCGAGGGAACUCGGAUCCUGUUACAAUUGUUAGGAAAAAGUGUUUGGGUGAUCUAGUUUCUUUUUCAGACACCAUUUGUGGUAUAUCCUGCCUUCUGCCUAAUUACUGCCCUCACCUGCAACUGUUUGUUUGCUUCUGUGUUUUUUCUGCAUACCCCAUCUCUGUGUGCCUCCUUCCCACCUCCUGCUCCACCCUACAGCAACUGUAAAUGUAUUUAAAAGGUCAAGUAGAUGUACGCAGUUUUUUUCUUGUUGAUAUGACACCAUUACAAUAAUUAAUGACAAUAAAAAGGACAAAAAGUGA